CGUUCGAGUUUCCCACUACGUGUACAUUCAAUCAUCACGAAACACACUCAACAUCCCAACCGUCCGAUCAACGUAAUAAAUGAUCACCCCACUUUCCGGUGGAACGAUUCUCCGUUCCUCUACGUGGAGCCUAUGAUAAUCACGUAAACCUUCGCCGCCGCCACCGUCAGAUCUCCAUCAUAAAAAUCAUUUCCAUCAUCCCCCCGCCUCUCAUACUGUAUAGCGAUUAGCGAAGAGCUCUCCACUUUCACCUCAUUUUCCUCCGUUCAAUUCCUCCCUUCCGUCCGCUCUUUCAUAUCCCGUCCCAUUCCAGACUGCCGGAAUCAUCGCCGGCCGCCUCCGUCGUCAUGGUAAGUCUCCAGAGCUAGCUCUCUUUUGUCGCUAUUUGGCUUUACAAUUCGUGUCCGGUCAAGCUUCGGAUCGCUAUUGAUCUUAGGGUUUCUCGAUCUUGUUCUCCUCAAAUCUUCGGUCGUUGAACGGUACUGUUGAAUUGAUGGCUGUGUGAGAAGUUGGGACUGGGUUGGAUCUGGUUUAUUGUGUUUUUGGCAUUCGUGUUUGGCUAUGGAGAUAGUCGUAGAGACUUGAAUCGAUAAAUACCGAAAUCCUGGGGAGUUCGAUGGGAAACGGGUUAUCGGAUGUGACAUCAAUUCUUAUGAAUUGGGACUAGUGCUAGGCUUUUCCUCAAUAAUUAGUUCCAGCGAAUGUGAUGCUGGUUAUCAGAAGAAGGCAUUGAGAGUAUUUCAUUGUUUGGGAUGUCUGGUAGUAGACUUACGCACUUGGCUUUGCCGGGAUUAAAAGCAGUUUCAACUUCGACUUUAUGAAUCUGGGUUGGUAAUAUUCUGCAUCCUUGUAUAUUGCUACCAGUUCUGUUUUUGCUUGAUCGCCAGUUUUUAGCUUGAUUUGUAUGGAACCACACCCUUUUCCGGUGGUCCAUCGUAAUCAUGCAUAUGCAGUGCUGAAAUAGGACAGUGGCAAGCAGGUUUUAAGUAAAGCUACAGUUCGUGUUUGGUUGGGAGACAAUAGUUGAAAUUGGAAUUGUCAAAAACAGAUAUUGCGGGGUUCAAUAGUGAAUGGGUUGUAGGAUGUUAUGUAAAAUUUUCUCAAUAUGGUUGAUACUUAAUAGUGGUUUUCCUCAAAAUGUAGUUUUGUGCCAUCAAUAAUCAAUCAUUGAGGGAUUUCCUUUUCCAGUGUUGUGAUGGCGUCUAUUGUACACUGAGGUAGUUGUUAGAAUUGGUAGAAAUUCCCGCAUGGAUGGGCUUUGUUUUGAAUCUUAAUUCUAAAGAAUAUGGACUGAAAUAUCCUGCUGCCAUGUAUGUUGCUACAAAUUUCAGUAUCAGUUCUGUUUGUAAGCAUCAUCGAGAGAAUAUUGAGCUCGAUUUCUAUGCGAACUGUACCCAUUGUUAGUGCUCUACUGUAGGCUUGUAUCCCGAGUGCUCAUAUGAGACUGGUCAUCAAGCUUUACUAGAGCUUUUAUGUUUUUCUUUUCCUGCACAGGCACCCAUUAGGGGCAUCCUUUCGAUGCAGAGAGCAGCCAGAUUGGCUCAUCAUCAAGCUAACAGGCUCCCUCUAGCCUUGAGAUCUUUCAGCACACAAGCUGCAAGCAAUGCCAGCUCACCACAGCCACCUUCACCGCCGCCACCUCCCGAGAAGACCCAUUUUGGUGGCAUGAGUGAUGAGGAUCGCAUCUUCACCAACUUGUAUGGACUCCAUGACCCAUUCCUCAAAGGUGCAAUGAAAAGAGGUGACUGGUACAGAACCAAGGACUUGGUCCUGAAGGGCACCGAUUGGAUAGUCAACGAAGUCAAGAAAUCCGGCCUCCGAGGUCGUGGUGGGGCUGGUUUCCCCUCAGGACUCAAAUGGUCAUUCAUGCCCAAAGUCUCUGACGGCCGCCCUUCCUAUCUGGUAGUCAAUGCCGAUGAAAGUGAACCGGGAACUUGCAAGGACAGAGAAAUCAUGCGUCAUGAUCCCCACAAGUUGCUUGAAGGCUGCUUGAUUGCUGGUGUAGGAAUGAGAGCCCGUGCUGCAUACAUCUACAUCAGGGGUGAAUACGUAAAUGAACGUAACAACCUGGAAAUUGCAAGGAAAGAAGCCUAUGCUGCUGGACUCCUCGGCAAAAAUGCCUGUGGAACAGGUUACGACUUCGAUGUCCAUAUCCACUAUGGGGCUGGUGCUUACAUUUGUGGAGAAGAAACUGCUCUUCUAGAAAGCCUCGAGGGGAAGCAAGGAAAGCCAAGGUUGAAGCCGCCUUUCCCUGCCAAUGCAGGACUCUACGGAUGCCCUACUACAGUGACAAAUGUAGAGACAAUCGCUGUCUCUCCCACUAUUCUGCGACGUGGGCCCGAGUGGUUUGCUAGUUUCGGAAGGAAGAACAACUCGGGAACAAAGCUGUUCUGUGUCUCGGGCCACGUGAACAAACCCUGCACAGUUGAAGAAGAGAUGAGUAUACCCUUGAAGGAGCUCAUCGAACGACACUGUGGUGGGGUCCGUGGUGGAUGGGACAACUUGCUUGCUGUUAUCCCGGGUGGGUCUUCUGUUCCGUUGUUGCCGAAGCACAUAUGCGAUGACGUGUUGAUGGAUUAUGAUGCGUUGAAGGCUGUGACAUCGGGGUUAGGAACGGCAGCUGUGAUAGUGAUGGAUAAGUCUACCGAUGUCGUUGAUGCGAUUGCUAGGCUGUCCUACUUCUACAAGCACGAGAGCUGUGGGCAGUGUACUCCAUGUAGGGAAGGGACAGGGUGGCUAUGGAUGAUUAUGGAGAGGAUGAAAGUUGGAGAUGCGAAAUUGGAAGAGAUCGAUAUGCUUCAGGAGGUGACGAAGCAGAUUGAAGGGCAUACUAUCUGUGCUCUUGGUGAUGCUGCUGCUUGGCCUGUGCAAGGACUAAUUAGACAUUUCAGGCCGGAGCUGGAAAGGAGGAUCAGGGAGCGUGCUGAUAGAGAGUUGCUGCAGGCUACUGCUUAAAGUUCUUAUCAAGGUUUGCGCCUGCAUCUCUACUUUGUUCCAAAUGUCAUCUUUUACUUAUCCGAUGGUAGGGUCUCCAUUAGGAAUAUAGGCUGUCCAUUGCAUACCAGCACCUGUCGGAUUUUACUCAUCCAUACCCACUUUAAUGUUCAGGGUUUAAGUUAAAUCUAUACCCGUUUGUAGUUCAUCAGUAUUAGGGCAUCUCAAAUUAAGACAUGUAAUCGAAUUAGAAUAAUCAAAAUGAUAGAGUAAGAUAAUUGAAUCAUCUGAUUUCAAAUGUCUAGUGUAUAUACGAAAUGUUGAAUUAGUGUACUAAAAGAAAGGUGGGUUGUAAAAAGGUUGUGUAUAGGUCAUGUAUCCUGUAUCGAUACCACAUAACCAGGCGGGUUCUGGGUGCUGUAGACAAAUCCUUGGCGGCCUGCUAGGCUGCUACCAAAAUAUAUUCGUGUUUGGGUUGUAUCUCAACCCACUGUGUAAUCCUCCAGUUUGAAUGUUGCCCUAUGUGAUGUAGUCAGAUUGGGACGGUGAAUGUGAAUAUUUCUUCAUCCCUGUUCAUAAUCCAACGAAGUCACAUGAUCGAAUCCGAGUCAUGGUACAUCGUCGUUCGUAUCAUCAAUCUAAGCUGCUUCUGUUCUGCAGGAAAGUUUGCUUGCGAGGGGGAGUCGAUGAUCGUUGAAUAAAUGUCGUACCAACUACAACAAGAAUAUUUUUCAGGUGGUGUAUUGUCGACUGCGGGAGCAGGCAGUCGUUUAGUUGUAGUCUUUUUUUCCUGGAUUUGAAAGCAACUGUACGAAUUAUGAGUGAUUUCACUGUCCUGAGGUAAGACUUUGCACAUUAUUUGUAUGCUGAAGGGGGGUGACGAUUAUGAUAUAUCUUGUUAGUUCUUUUGGAAGGAUUCAUUGAAAGUUUGACGUUGUUAAUAAGAUGUGUAAUGUGCAAUGUUACUAUUUACACCCAGAGGCGUGCGUUACUUGGUUUCUCUGAAUCUGAAGGUGGGGUUCAGUGGUGAUCUGGGACGUGAUGUCCCAAUCAAAUCCGUUUACCAUUUAUGUUUUCCUAUCAUAACGCCUACAGGCUACAGGCAAUGUGUUCAGAAACUGAGUAUGCGAUAAUGCUUAUGGGCAGGUGGAUAAUGAUUUGGUUUGCAGCAGUAGCUUGAAUUUGAUUAACAUAACUCAUCUGAACUGAGCGUCUGAAUUGAUUUUUAUUCUAUAAUUUUGACUAUAUGGUCCAGUUCUAGACCGAGUUGAGCAAUGCCAACAUUUUUACACAAGAAUGUGGUUGUUCGAUUCGGUCUGAUCUCCAUCAAAUAAGGAAGGAUGGAAAUCAGAACAAGAAUCACAUUUCUCCGUCGAGUCUGAUGUGCUUUCCACUCGUCCUCUCGGUUCCUUACUUUUAAGAGACAUGUGAAAUAAAAUCACAACGAUUGAAAGAACCAAAAUAUAUCCUUAUAAUACAUUUUAAAGAGUUUG